AUUGGAUUAGUCCCUUAAUUGUGCUGUUCGAAUGGAAGUAGCCAGCCAUUCAUUCGUUUGGCGAUCAUAAUUACUGACUGUCAGGCUAUUAAUAGGACAACUGCGACCGUGAGGUGCAUCUGGGCGAUUGCUGCACGUCACAGUCCAGCACUGUCUGCAGCCGCAUGCAAUUUAAUACGACUUGGAUAUCGACUUCAUUACAUUAAGCCCACUUUAAAUAAAUUACUAUAAAACAAAAGGAAGAUCGUGUAUAUCACUGCGACUGCCACGGGUGGCAUUUGGACUCCAGUCGUUGCUCGGCGGCGAGUCUGGAUUGUUUACCAAAACAAAAAAGACAGGAAUCGGAAAAGUCCGCAUCUCCGAUCUUCCUUCUCAUCACCCUUCAUUGUCGUCACAACCACUUCAUCUCCACCAACCAUCUUCAUUCUUCAUUCACUUCGUCGUCACCAUCCUCAAGAUGGACAAACGAACGGCGGAGAGUCCGAUGGACUUUGAAUGGCAGACAAGGGCCCCCGGAGAUGUGACCUCGCCCUUUUACCAGCUCAGCAUGCAGCAUGACAAUCAGAAGAAACGCCCUCAUAGCAUUUUCGAUUCUCCAGAGAAGAAAACGAUGCCCGCUCUGCGAGAGCCCAACUCCCAGCCCUUCCUCUUCUCCCAGACCAAGACGCAGCAACCCCCCGCGACUCCGAAGCCGUUCUUUAACCAGUCAGCAUUCAUGACGCCUCGCAAAUUCGAUGUCGACUUCUCGUCCGGCGCCGAGAACAUGUCUUCCCCCGAACACGCAGACAACGAAGAUACCCCCGAGCAACCGAAAGCCCAUCGGAACUCGCUGUUCAGCAUGUACGGACGGUUCGCGCCGAGCCCUGGUCGCGGCGAGAUACCCCGCGUGAGCCACUACUCCAACGCGUUGGCACGACGGGUACAGAAGAGACGGCGGAGGGACAAGGCGCUGGAUCUACAACUACGAAGGGACAGUGACGAUGAGAGUGACCGACCAAGCAGCAGUGAGCUCAAGCCAACCAAGCAAAGACAGAAGCCGGGACCAGGCCAGCCGGAGACGACUCAAACGGGAUCACGUCUGACUUCAUUCUCAGAUUUCUUUGCUCUGCUGGAAGCACAUCCGAAUGUCCCUAGCAUUCUGUCUUGGUGGGCGCAGUUGGUGGUGAACCUGUCGUUGUUCUCGCUUGCGGUAUAUGUGGUCUUUGGGUUCGUGUCAGCGAUCCGGGCAGAAUUCGAGCAGGCGGCCGAGGAGGUGUCGGAUACGAUCCUGGCUGAAAUGGCGGCAUGCGCGAAGAGUUACGUCGACAAUCGAUGCGCAGGAGGGGAUAGACUGCCGGCCUUGGAAAGCGUGUGUGAAAACUGGGAGCGAUGCAUGAACCGGGAUCCGGCCAAGGUCGGGCGGGCUAAGGUGUCGGCGCAUACGAUGGCUGUAAUCAUCAACAGCUUUAUCGACCCUAUCAGCUGGAAGGCGAUUAUGUUUUUCCUUGCUACGAUUUCGACCGUCACCGUUGUCAGCAACUGGUCCUUCCGUUCCUUCAGAAACCGCCUCAACCAACACGAUUAUUCUGCGCCCCCUAGCUAUUCUCGACAGUCGUCUGCACAGCAUCACCCGUCGCUUGCGCCGCCUCAAUACCCCUACCAGCAUAACUCGAUUGGAUACAUGGGAGCGCCGAAUCAGGGGGCUACAGGGUUUGAGAAGCCAGAGGCGCCGCUCAUGCUGGAGCAGGCCGCGACCAAGGACUUUGUAUCUGAGCGGACUCGCGAGCGGGAAUCUCGUAUGCGUACGCCGAGUCCAUCCAAGCGGAUGAGGUAGGCAUAUUCUACACUUUGUGGCAUCAGCGGGAGACGGAGUUGCACAGGCACUGCAUUGGGCGGAAUGAAAAGACUGGACUGGAGUUGAUUGGAUUUUACUGUUCGUGUAUAUACGUAAUAACAUUGACCAUGCUGUCACCUAC